AUGGCGUCAAUUGCAGUGAAUCCGAGAUCCAAGACGAUCAAGGGGUACUCCAGCUCGCUUGAUAGCUUGUUGGUGGCUCCUAUUAUAAAAAAGAUUGGCAAGGAUAACAAGUUGGAUACGAACAGAAUCAGACUCACAUAUAAGGAUGCUGCUGGCAAACAUGUUCCCUUGGAUCCAUCGAAGUCAUUGAUGGAUUAUUUCACUGGCGACCAAUUGACCAAAGUGGUUGAUCUUUACGCAAAAGACUUGGGGCCUCAGAUCGCCUGGAAAACUGUGUUUUUGUUGGAGUAUCUCGGUCCCAUCCUUCUUCAAGUCCUCGUCUACACUUACUUUGCUAUUGUCCGUCAGGUUCCCCAGACUCAGACUCAACAACUCGCUUUUAUCAUGGUGAACUUGCACUUCAUCAAGAGAGAGCUUGAGACCCUUUACGUUCACAAGUUCUCCAAUUCCACAAUGCCUUUAUUCAACUUGUUUAAGAACUCCAGCCACUAUUGGUUUUUGUCAGGCUUCAACUUGUCUUUCUUUGUCUACUCCAAGCCCGUUUCGUCAUUGUCCUCUUUAAACACAGUUGAGAAGUUUGCUUUCUACGUGAACGACUUUUCUCCAGUGGUGAACUUCUCCAUCUUUGGCUUGUGGGCUUUUGCCGAGUUAUCAAAUUUGAAAACUCACCUUACCUUGGCUAAUCUCAGAAAGAACGAUAGUAAAGCCUAUGUCAUCCCAUAUGGAUACGGUUUCGACUUGGUCUCUUGUCCAAACUACUUCUUCGAGUCUCUUUCAUGGAUAUUUUACUCACUUCUCGUGGGAAACUGGUCUGCAUGGCUCUUCAUGGCCGUUGGUUCCGGUCAAAUGUACAUUUGGGCUGUUCAAAAGCACAAGAGGUACCUAAAGACGUUUGGAGACGACUACAAGAAGUUGAGAAGGACCGCCAUGUUCCCAUUCUUAGCUUAG